AUGGCUUCGGCAGCGAUGCUAGGGCAUUACAGCGACGACGAUAGCGAUGGCCAAGAGCGUCCCGCAGCAGCCACCACGGCCGCUGCGGCGGCUGGCAGCGGAGCGCGCAUGAAGGAGCUCCUGGCGAGCUACUACGGCAUGCAGCAGCAGGAGCGGAGCGGCGCCAACAUGUCCUCGGACGUGGAGAGCACCUACUUCGAGGCGAAGCGGUAUGUGGCCGGCCUGCUCAAGAAUGACAAGGUCGAGACGCUACUAAGGAAGGACGAUGAGAUGGUCCGAGAGGUGAAGAAGCUCGACUCCGACAUGCAGAUGCUGGUGUACGAGAACUACAACAAGUUCAUCAGCGCCACAGACACCAUCCGCAAGAUGGCGCAGAACGUGGAGGGCAUGGAGACGGAGAUGUCGGACCUGAAGAGCAGCAUGGAGCGAAUCGCGGAGAGCAGCGCAACGGUCAACACGUCCCUCGAGGGCAACCGGUCGAAGAUGGACAAGCUGGUGCGCGUGAGGCGGCUCCUUCAGCGGCUAGACUUCUUGUUUCAGUUGCCGCAAAGGCUGGAAGAGGCCGUCCAAGAGGGGCAGUACGCCAAAGCGAUCAGGUACUUUUCCAUGACAAAGGAUAUUCUACACAAGCACUCGCAUGUGUCUUCCUUUGGCGCUAUCCAAAGAGACUGCGAGGAUACCGUCAGGCGCUUGCAGGAUAAGCUCCAGGAGGAGGUCAACAGCUCGGACGUCAGCAGAGACACUCUCGUGUCGCACGCCGAUCUCCUACUGCAGCUGGGUGUAGAUCCGGCGGGACUGAAGGAGCGAUACCUCGACGCGCACCGUCGCCAGCUAGAGGCGUUCUUGUUGGCUUCGACGGGAGCUCUGGUGGAGGAUAGGUCUGUCAGCCUCGACGCUUGCCUCGGAAAGCUGGCCGAAGGCUUCUUGCCGAUGCUGCUAAGAACGGUCCAGCUUUACGACCAGCUCUUCGAGCGUACCGGAGCAUUGCCAACACCAUCAGCGUCGUCGACUCCAGCACCACCAACCGCAGCACAAGCCCCACCCGAGACAAAGCAGCAAGGGCAGCAGAAGGAGGAUGACACUGCUACCACCGCUGUCGCCAAGAAGACGCACACGGGGCUCAUCGCCCUGGUCCAGGCUAGCGUAGGCAGGUUCUUCGACCUCUUGUACGCCAAGGUGGAUCAGUCCCUCGACGCCAACAGCAGCAACCCCCAACCUCGGUCGCACGUGCCUUCAGAGGCUGGCGCGGGAGCAGCGGGCAAGAAGAGCGAAGGCCGGCAGCAGGGUGGUGGGGGAGAAGGGACCGCAGCGGAAGGAGGAGGGGGAGGAGGGGAUCUGGACCCAGUGGCCUUGGGAGGGGUUGUGGCGGCCGUGCAGCAGCUCGUGACCGACAUCGAGACCGUCGAUCCUCACGUGCCCCAGGUCCGGCGGGCUUUCCGAGUGCUCUGCCGCACUUCUCUCUCCGUCACUACCUCGAUGGUCAACGCCGUCCGAGCUGGAACUCCUCCUGAAGACGUUCUCGCCGAUGGCCUAGACACCGGGCACCCUGGCGCAGCGGGCGGGGGGAUGACCGGCGCAAGCGGCAGACACGGUGGUAGCAGCUCGGUCUCUGGAGGGGGUAGAAAUAGGCGGGCGGGAGGCAGCGGGGAGGGGGGGCGGUAUCCCGCAUUGGUGGACCGCGCUCUGGGGACUCUGAUGAAGCGAGCGGACGAGAUCGUAUCGGGCUUGCGGCCCCUGUCGCGCCUCGACUCUUCUCCGGGACCGUUGGCUGAGGAGCUGAGGUUCGGCCUGUGGGGGGUCGUGCUCUGGCUCGCCUCUGCUUUUGGCAUCGUUGCGGGAGUUACCGGCGGUGCGUCGUCCUGCGACAGCCUGCCUCCCGCAGAGGGCCGGGAGUACAACAAAGCUUUGGAGGAGGAGUGGGGAAAUCGAGCGGUCUCGGCGCUCAGGGAACCCCUGCCCUCGCCCUCUCCCGACACCAAGGCCGCCGCCGCGGCCGCUGCUGGCACGGCAGCAGCGGAGGAAGAGGCUGCUGUGAGCGGCGAUGAGGUCAGAGCGGGGGCUUCGGAGGGGGAGGUUUCGCUCUUGUUGGCGUGCCUGUGCAGGGGCCUGGAGACCACGUUCGUCGUCAGGGUCCCCGAGAUAUUGGGAAGGCAAAUCCCUCUUACCCUGGACCAGUCUGUGCACGCACUUCCGCCCUCGAUGCACUUCACGGGCUCGAUUCACUCCACGCGCUCGGUCACGUCUACGCUGAAGUCGGCUGCGACAGAGAAAUCUAUCGAAGGGGAUGAUGAUGCGGCGGGGGCGGGGGCGGGGGCGGGGGGGCGGGGAGGUCCGGUGCUCGGGCGGCGGCGGCAGCUGGAUGCGGUGCGAAACCGAGUGUCCGCGGCGGCGCGUUUCAUCCUCGAGUACUACGCGGAGACUACGGGGAGAAGGCUUGCCGAUGUGCUACAGGUGGGCCUCGAGGCUCCUCCGGGGGAUGCCGGCGAUUGGUUCUCGGUCGAAGAGCCCACGGGGGUGGGCGAAGCUGUCCUGGACGCCCUGGAAUUGGCAGAGGACAACGUCAAGGAAGUUUGCGCGUUUUUGGGCGAGGCCCGGUCGGGCACUGUGUCGGUAACGAGGUUCGGCGACAGGGACCUGAGGAGAGGCUCGUCCGUCGCAUUGCUCUCUGGCACGGGGAGGAACGGGAGGGGUGGGAUUGGGGGGGGCGGCGGAGUCCGACGCGAUAUCGAUCGCAUUUUUGAGAGCAGCGGGGCCGGCGGCGGUAUGGGUGCGAGAGGUCCCUUGGGCGGUGCUGUGAAAGUGUCCUUCGCGGCGGACGCGAUGCUCGCAGCGGUGUUCCGCGUGGCUCUCAAGGCGUUCGGGGAGCGGGCCCGGUUCCUCACCCUCCCCGGCCCUGCCUUCCGCCAGGUGCAGCUGGACGCCGACUUCCUUCGACAGGCUCUCCCGUUUUACGUGGCAGAGAGCAACAUGUUGUCCGCGUUGGAUAACCUUCUAGAUCAGGCGCUUCAAAGCGCAGCGGACCGCUCUCUAGACCCAACUCCGAUGGAUCCGACUGCAGCUGGAGACAUCGUUGCGCAUGCCCUGGACGGAUUUAACUAGAAGGAAAGCCUCGCAUCACGAGAUCUACACGUGGCUCUAUGCUGCUGCUGCUGCUGCUCCUGCUGUUACUGUUACGGCUACAGCAAGGCACCCCCCUAGGCUUUUCUCCCCAUUGAUUGUCGGCAUGGGGUAUGGGGUUGGCGAAAUCAGCUGAACUAGACAACUCUCACUGCUGCGUCGAAUGUCGGUUUCGUAAGGAAGAGCGGUAUUAUUGUCCUAACCCCAACCCUCACACACAAACUGGGGCAUUUUUUUUGCCCGAGCUUCUCCUUUCAUCGUGUCAACUCUUAACGAUACUUCAAUAAGCGAUGCCAGUUUAGGGGACA